CAAUGCUGAACAUCGAGCUCAAGGGUGGCCAACCCGCGGCCCGCCGACUGUCAACUUGUGGCCCGCAGAUCCGAGUAAAAAGAUAUUAAAAACUAUAAAAAAUUAAUUACCAAAGAAACGUACUACAGAUCAGUUCACGGGAAGCUCGCAACGCUAUCGGUUGCUUUACCUGGCGGUCUAUGAGUAGGUAUAUUAGUGACGUGCGCAUUCGAUUGCGAUCUAUCAAACGCUCUUACUAUUCGUUUUGUUAACCUACAAUGGCGUCAACAAGUAAAGAAAUUGGACCAAAGAAGAGAAAAGUGACCGAAGAAUUAAGAAGUUUUCAAGACAGAUGGACUGAUAACUAUUUUUUUGUGGAAUUUAAAACAAAACCAAUAUGUUUAAUAUGCAAUGAAUAUGUUUCUGUUAUGAAAGAGUACAACAUUAAACGGCACUACGAAACUAAACAUGCAAAUAAGUUUGACCAGUACAAAGGAAAGUUUCGGAAGGAUCAAGCAAAAAGCUUGCAAAUAAAAUUUUCUGCACAACAACAAAUAUUUACAAGAGUGACGUCAGAGUCAACGUGUUAUGUAAAAGCGAGUUAUGCAGUAGCUGCAAUACUAGGAAAAAAAUCCAAAGCUUUUUCAGAAGGUGAAAUUGUUAAGGAGUGUUUAGAAAGUGUCGCUGAAAUUAUAUGUCCAGAAAAGAAGAAGGAUUUCUCGAAAUUAAGCCUAUCUCGUCAAACUAUCACAAGACGUGUGGAUGAUAUGGGAAAACAUAUUGAAGAUAAGUUAAAAAAUCGUGCAUCUGAGUUCAUAUAUUAUGCUCUGGCAUUGGAUGAAAGUACAGAUAUGACGGAUACCGCACAAGUGGCGAUCUUCAUUAGAGGUGUUGAUGCCUCUUUUAAUAAAACGGAAGAACUAGCAGCUUUGUUUCCACUUAAGGAUAACACCAAGUCACGAGAUUUAUUAGAGGCCGUUCAAUCAACAAUCAAUCGCUUUUCGUUGCAACUAAACAACUUGUCGGGUAUAACAACUGAUGGUGCUCCAGCAAUGGUUGGGAAACACGAAGGUUUGGUAAAACUGAUUGAAAAAGAGGCUUGUAAUGUUGGCAAUAUGUCAAUGCUAAAUUUUCAUUGCAUUAUUCAUCAAGAGAAUUUGUGCGCCAAAUCUCUCAAAAUGGACCAUGUUAUGAAGGUAGUUGUCAAAAUAGUAAACUUUAUUAAGUCAAAAGGUUUGAAUCACCGUCCGUUUCAAGAAUUUCUAAAGGCCUUGGAAUCAGAAUAUAGUGAUGUUAUAUUUUAUGCUGAAGUAAGAUGGCUGACCCGUGCAAAAAUGUUGAAGAGAGUAUUCGAGUUGAGGCAAGAAAUAGAAUCUUUUUAUGAAAGCAAAUCAAAGAGUAUUUCAGAGUUUCAAGACAAAGAGUGGGUAUCCGACUUUGCAUUUCUGGUAGAUAUAACAAGCCACUUAAAUGAACUCAAUACUCGUCUACAAGGCAAAGAUCAACUGAUAAAUGACAUGUAUGACCUUAUUUCUGCGUUUCAAAUGAAACUUGAGCUUUGGGAACAGCAGCUACGAACUAAAAACUUCACUCAUUUUCCUACACUUUCAGAGCAACCUGAUAUAACAUCGGAGACAGCGGCUAAAUACGCAUCUUUGACAUCUGAUUUAAAAAACGAAUUUGAAAGCCGAUUUCAAGAUUUUAAAAAGUAUCGUCUGUUUUUUUCUGCUAUUGCAACACCAUUUUCUACGGACGUAAGUUCCUUGCCGGUACAUUUACAAAUGGAAUGUUGCGAAAUGCAAUGUGAUUCACAGCUAAAAGAGAAAUUCAAUCAGGUUGGCUUGGAAGAGUUUUAUAAAGACUAUUUUGACAAGGAAAAAUAUCCCGCGUUUUACAAACAUGCUCUGUUCAUGAUUUCAUUGUUUGGAAACACAUACAUGUGUGAACAACUUUUUAGUAAGAUGAAGCAUAUUAAAUCCCAAAUGAGAACACGGAUUACUGACGUUCAUCUAGAAAACUGUUUGCGUGUAGCAACGACUUCAGUCGAGGUUAACAUUGAUCAGCUUAGUUCAGCUAAGCAAAGUCAGAUAUCUCAUUAAUUUAAUUUUUUUAAUAAAUUUUAUAAUACUAAGAAAUUUGUUUCAUUUUUGUGCAUUGUAGCUAUUACAUUAAAUUAGUAGUGCGGCCCGGUGCGAAGUUCUAUUUCCGAAUUUCGGCCCAGCUGCCGAAAAGGUUGGCCACCCCUGAUCUAGCUCAAAUACAUUCAGGAGUGCAAAACACUUUACACGGCCUGAGACGUGAAUUAUGGCUCUUGGACGGUCGCUGUCAAGUUCGAAAAUCAUUCGACAAUGCCUUCCUUGCCUAAGAGCUCGCCCCCCAGUUCCAGAAUAUACAAUGGGCAGUUUACUAGCCACCAGAGUCAAAUCCCACUAUCCGUCCAUUUACCCGCGUCGGGGUCGAUUACUGUGGCCCCUUCUAUGUAAAGGAAACGAAGUAUCGUAACCGGAAGGGGAUUAAGGUAUACGUAGCCGUGUUGGUUUGUCUGGCAGUAAAAGCCGUUCACUUGGAGGUAGUGAGCGACUUGACUACUGAAGCCUUCAUUGGAGCUUUGAGACGUUUUAUCAGCAGAAGAGGUCGACCAGCCACCAUACAAUCAGACAACGGAACCAAUUUUGUCGGCGCCAACAACGAGCUAAAGCAGAUAGUAACAGAGUUGCAACACCCAAACAAUAACCACAAGAUUACGUCUGAAUUAACGCCAAGAGGAAUCGACUGGCAAUUCUCACCUGCCCAGUCUCCUCAUUUCGGAGGGAUUUGGGAAGCGGCCGUCAAAUCCUUCAAGCAUCGCCUGAGGAGAGUUAUGGGAACUCAGUUACUAACGCUGGAGCACUUUUCUACUUUCAUGGUCGAAAUUGAAGGUAUUCUGCAUUCUCGGGAACUGUAUCCCAGCUCAACAGACCCCAAUGAUCUGCAGGUGUUAACACCAGGACAUUUUUUAAUCGGUGAAGAGCUAACGCGGCCCUCCCCGAACAUGGUCUCCGAGAAAUCCCAGCAAACAGACUUUCUCUCUUCCAACACAUCCAGAAAAUGCGCCAGGACUUUUGGAGCCGAUGGCAUAAGGAAUACCUCAACGAAUUGAACAUGAGGAAAAAGUGGAGUUCUGGAGAACAUGACAUUUCCAUUGGACGCAUGGUGUUGUUGAGAGAUGAUAAUCUGUCAUCGAUGGAAUGGCGCCUUGGACGUGUCAUAGACAUUCAUCCCGGCAAAGAUGAUAUUAUUCGAGUGAUUUCAGUGAGGACUACCUUAAGAAUCUUAAAGCGAUGCAUUAAAAGAGUCGUGCCACUUCCACUCUCCACCUGGAGUCAGCAAACGAGCACAGAUAAGGGCAACAAUGUGACUGAUGUCCCUAGCAGUUGAUCAGCCAACUUCUCAACGGGGGGAGGAUGUUUCGUCUCCAUCAAUUGCUCAUCGUUUUUUGUCUCAGAACCAUAAAAUCGCGCGAAGACCCAGAAACUCCGAGCUCUGUGUUAUGGUGGGGAACUCCCCGGUUUUAUGGUGGGGAACUCUCCAAUUUUAAUAGCAUUCAGAUGCUGGCCACCCUUCGAGAAGAGUUUGGCCAGAGAUUUAUAAAAUAGCAUAUUGCUGCCGUUCUUUACCUGACACCCUCUCCACUCCCACCAUCAAUAGACCCCACCACUCAGAGCCAAGCAAAAGUGAUUAGGGUAGGCCUUUUGCCCUACGCUGGCAAAAUCUCGGACACGAGGAAUAACGGAGGAGUGCAGUUCGUUUCUAAGGCUUAAAGCGGUGUGAAGUGAUAAGUCUCGUUAUUAACAUUGUACACAAAAUUAAAUAAAUAAAAAACAGCAAAUAGUGUUCCAUACA